GUUGUUGGAUUGGCAGCAAAACAAAGUAGAAUAAGGAAUAUUUCAAACACAGUAAUGAAAGUCAAGCAGAUCCUUGGCAGAAGGUAGCACCGCUUAACUUACUGCCACAAUUAUCCUUACACCGUUCCUGUAACUUUGAUUCCCCUGUGGCCUUCCAGCCAGAAAUGCGGUCCUCCGACCUGGCUUCUCAGCAAUUAGCCCAGAGAGGGAAGAAGCGGCCGGCUCCUGGAGAUAGACUGGAGCACACAGAAACUCCUCACACCUUCAGGUCGGCACCCUCCUGCCCAGGAGCCUCCUCCAGCUAGCCUUUUUUCCCAGUCCGCCAUGGCCACUUCCAAUAGCAGUGCGGGCAUCCGGUGGUCCAGACAAGAGACACGAACGCUUCUCUCCAUACUAGGCGAGGCAGAAUACAUUCAGCGCCUGCAGACUGUGCAUCACAACGCAGAUGUCUAUCAGGCCGUGUCCAAGCGGAUGCAGCAGGAAGGCUUUCGCCGCACCGAGCGUCAGUGCCGCUCCAAGUUCAAAGUCCUGAAGGCAUUAUAUUUAAAGGCCUAUGUGGCCCACGCCACAAGUAUGGGCGACCCACCACACUGUCCCUUUUAUGAUACUUUGGAUCAGCUUCUCCGAAAUCAGAUAGUGACUGAUGCAGACAACUUAAUGGAGGACGCUGCUUGGGCCAAGCACAGUGACCUGAAUUUAGCGGCCCCUGACACGCCAGGGGAGGAGGGGACCAACAUUCUGGGAGCAAAAAGGACUCAGGCAGCAGAGCAUCAGCCUAUUUUGAAAACAGUGAAGGAAUCAGAUGAUUGUCAGCUGAGGGUCAGUGACCAGAUGCCAGAAACCAGUGACCUCGAGGACUCCUGGGAUGAAUCCUCGGGUGCAGGGUGCUCUCAAGGGACCCCCAGCUACAGCAGCUCCCAUCACCUUUUCAGAGGUGCAGCUGCCCCCUGUCAGAGCAUCCCCAUGACCAGACUGGCUGUGUCCGGUGAGCCCAGCCCCUGCUCCAGCUCCAGCCGAAACACUCAUGGGGUGGCCUCCGCACAGCGGCCUCCAGCCUCCUCCUCCAGGGCUCCUUUUGUUUCUGGUGGGGAUAGACCUUUGACCAGUGAGCCCCCUCCCAGGUGGGCCCGGCGAAGAAGGCGGUCAGUGGCCAGGACUAUUGCAGCCGAGCUGGCAGAAAACAGGAGGUUGGCACGAGAACUUUCAAAGCGGGAGCAAGAAAAACUGGAUCGGCUGAUUGCCAUUGGCGAGGAGGCCAGCGCUCAGCAGGACACUGCCAACGAGCUCCGCAGGGAUGCGGUGGUCGCGGUCAGACGCUUGGCCACGGCAGUGGAAGAGGCAACUGGGGCUUUCCAGCUAGGACUUGAAAAGUUGCUUCAGAGCUCUGACGAUCCUCAGUCUCAGAAAUACAUCACGGAAAGUAAAUGUUUAGUCAUUGAAAAAAAUGGGAAGUUACGAUAUGAAAUAGAUACUGGAGAAGAAAAGAAAUUUGUCAGCCCAGAAGAUGUUGCCAGACUGAUAUUUAGUAAAAUGAAAGAAACGGCACAUUCUGUCUUGGGCUCAGAUGCCAAUGAUGUAGUCAUUACUGUUCCAUUUGAUUUUGGAGAAAAGCAAAAAAGUGCUCUUGGGGAAGCAGCCCGAGCUGCUGGGUUUAAUGUUUUGCGGUUAAUCCAUGAACCAUCUGCAGCUCUUUUGGCUUAUGGAAUUGGACAAGACUCCCCCACUGGAAAAAGCAACAUUUUGGUGUUCAAACUUGGAGGAACAUCCUUAUCUAUCAGUGUCAUGGAAGUUAACAGUGGAAUAUACCGUGUUCUUUCAACAAACACUGAUAAUAACAUUGGAGGUACCCACUUCACAGAAACCUUAGCACAGUACCUAGCCUCUGAGUUUCAGAGGUCCUUCAGACAUGAUGUGAGAGGAAAUGCCCGCGCCAUGAUGAAGCUAAUGAACGGUGCUGACACUGCAAAACAUUCUUUGUCAACCUUGGGAAGCGCCAAUUGCUUCCUUGACUCAUUGUAUGAAGGUCAGGAUUUUGACUGCAACGUGUCCAGAGCAAGAUUUGAACUUCUGUGUUCUCCACUUUUUAAUAAAUGUAUAGAAGCAAUCAGAGAAGUCUUAGAACAAAGUGGAUUUACAGCAGAUGAUAUCAACAAGGUUGUCCUUUGUGGAGGGUCUUCUCGAAUCCCAAGGCUACAGCAGAUGAUUAGAGACCUUUUCCCAGCUGUUGAGCUUCUCAAUUCCAUUCCUCCUGAUGAGGUCAUCCCUAUUGGUGCGGCUAUAGAAGCAGGAAUCCUUAUUGGGAAAGAAAGCCUUUCCGUGGAAGAUGCUCUUGAGAUAGAGUGUUCAGCCAAGGAUAUUUUAGUUAAGGGAGUUGAUGAAUCAGGAGCCAACAGCUUCAAAGUACUGUUUCCAUCAGGGACUCCUUUGCCAGCUCGAAGACAACACACAUUACAGGCUCCUGGAAGUAUAUCCUCAGUGUGUCUUGAACUCUAUGAGUCUGAGGGGAAAAACUCUGCAAAAGUAGAAAACAAGUUUGCACAGAGAAGAAACAAGCUAUUUCAAUUUGAAAGAGGAAAACGAAAACGAAGUACAGUUGUGUUUCUACUGCUUCUCUUUGUGCUCUCUACCCUCCUUGACAAUCAGGUAGUGCUUCAAGAUUUAGAUAAAAAAGAAAAUGGACUACGUGAUAUAUUAGCUGUUCUUACUAUGAAAAGGGAUGGAUCUUUACACGUGACGUGCACAGAUCAAGAAACUGGAAAAUGUGAGGCAAUUACUAUAGAGGUGGCAUCUUAGUAUUUUAGAGGAACCAUGAAUUUUUUAAAUCUAAAAUGUAAUGUUUAUAUUAAAAUACUUUUCAAAUUACCUGUAUGAUCUAUGUUUCUAUUAAACUAUAGUAUAUUGGUUAUUGUUGCAAACUUA